UGUGCGAACGUGUCUCCCUAGCAUACAUUUUUUUUACAUCUCUUUUUUCUGUACAACCCCCACCCCCACCCUUUCUAUAGUUUUCUAUUUUAUUUCUUUAUUUCUGUUUAUCUCUUUCAAGAACCUCCUCCCACCCCUCACUCCCACAUCUUUUUUUUCCCCUAUAUAUAUGUAUGUUCCUAUGUUUUUAUUUCAUUUAAUUUUUCUUAUUGGUGUUGUUGAUCAUUUUUGAUUAAUUAAUUAAUUAUACGUUUGUAUCAAACGUUAAAGACGAAAAUAAGUAAGAUAAAGAAGAAGAGGAAGAGGAAGAGGAAGAAAAAAAAGGAUGGGGAACGUUGGUAGAAGAUAGUUUGUAAAAAAUUGUUAAGAAUUUAAAACGCGAAUUGAAUAUUAUAACGAACGAAUUUCGUAAGUGUGUGAAUGUGUUAUCGAGAGGAACACGAUGUGAUUAAUCGUGUAAUUUAUUCUGGAAAGAAUAUGAAAAGGAUGUCUCGUGGCAUGUAUCGGUCGGACGUUGUCCUAAUUUCGAUGAUGCUUUUAACGAUGAUGUUCACCUGUACAAGAUCCACCACGUCAAUGCGUUGCGAGGAUGCUAGGCUUAGGUGUGCUUAUAGAAUUGGAUGUGGUAUGGCACUUCAACACUAUGUCACUGGUUGUGCAUCCGUUUUGCAAGGUGACAAAUGUUCCGAGUCUUGUCAGCACGCCCUAAUUGCUUUGACCAGCACCGAUGAAGGAAAGGAACUCAUGACGUGUCAAUGUACACCAGACGACGAGUUCUGUCAACAAUCGAAACAAAAAGUCGAGAAUUGCAGAUCUUCGGUGACGACGGCUAUGAACAAGACAAGGGUAUCCUGUAGGAUAGCAACUUGGAUAUGUAAUGCAGAUGCACUAUGUCAAACUGCAUUAUCGUAUUAUAAUAAAUUUUGUAAAAGCAUGUUCCAUGGGAAGAAAUGUACUCAUCGAUGUAGAAAUUCGAUAAACAUAUUAAGGCGACAAGAAAAAGCAGCUAAAUUAACAACUUGCAUUUGCGACGGAUCCGAGGAAUACGAUUGCAAGGGGAUUCAUCACAACAUGGAUGCAUUAUGUUUCGGAAAAAUUCAUCACGAUUAUCAGCAAGCAAAAAAGGAUGUUGACGAUACUAGGACGAACGAUAUUCUUCGAACUGAAACGAAUGUUUAUGGGAACGAUGCAACAACCGUUCAAUUGUUUGUUAACAGGACGACGUUGGUGAUAUCCAUCAUUUGGAUUCUUCUUUUUUCGAGGCUAGACUGACGACGUGAAACCGUGUGCCAAG